AUGUCGCUCGGUGGUGUGUACAUCAGUCGCUUCAAGGGGCCGCUUGGUUGCCACUCACCACGGAUCGCGCGACCGAUGCUGCGCGCUGGUGUGAAUGAGCUUGAGCGGCUUCGGGGUUAUCUCUUAGGUUUCUCAUCUUCGGUGUCACUGGAGCAGUACGAUUCACUCGUGUCCUUCCAAGGCGGACUGCACUUCUGCCGGCAGUGCGGCUAUGCGACCAAGUACAGGCCACACAUGAAGUCACACCUUUGCAAACACACGGGCGAGCGCCACUUUAAGUGCUACGUGUGCCCAGCCGCUUUCAGGGACAGCGGCAGUCUCAGAAAGCACGUUCGCACCCACACGGGCGAGCGUCCCUUUUCCUGCGUCCACUGCGGUGUGUCCUUUACACUGAAACAUCACCUCACCCGGCACAUGGAACGUUUUCAUGCAGACAAGAAACUGAUCAGUUUCCACGUAUUGUUCGACACACCGUUUGCAAUAUGUUCCUUUGCUCCCUGCGGCUUUGCAGGUCCCUCGCCUUGGGUGACUCUGGAGCAGUACCGUUUGCUUGUGUCCGUACAAGGCAGACUGCAUUCUUGCACGCAGUGCGACUACGUAACUAAGGACAAGAGCAAUAUGAAAAAGCACCUUGGCAAGCACACGGGUGACCGUCCCUUUUCCUGCGGCGACUGCGGUGCCUCCUUUCCGCUGAAGCAUCACCUCAACUACCACAUACGAACCCACACGGGGGAGCGCCCCUUUUCGUGCGGCCUCUGCAGUGCGUCCUUUGCGGUGAAACACAACCUCAACAACCACAUGCGCACCCAUACGGGGGAGCGUCCCUUUCCCUGUGACCAUUGCAGUGCAUCCUUUUCUCGGAAACAGGACCUCGCCCGCCAUAGGUGGUAUUGUGUUGCAAACAAGAAGCUCUAAGAUUAUGGGCACGCAGGUUUUUUUUCUUAUGGGACUGGAUCGACUUUGUUGUUGUUAGCGUAAAUUGCUUUGAAAGGUCCCUCAGCUAUCGAGAUUCUUUCGCAGUGUUGCUUAGAGGAACACCUGUCAUUCUUUUAAAAAAUUUCUUAAAAGUGCCUUUGGGUGGCUUCGCACACAUGCCAUUAUAUCUAAGGUUGGCUUAUCUUGAAUGGGGAUUAUGCUGUUCUGUGUUGCUGUGCUGAGCACAUGAACGAAAAUAAAGUGUGUUACUUUUUCCGCUAUUACUUUUGUGCAUUCAUCUGUAUCACUUCGCGCAGUGCAACCUGAAUCUUAUAUACAGUUGAACCUCUUUAUAAGAGGCAUGCUUUGGGCAGCAAUUCUUGUCUAUUAUACGAGAUGUCUCUUAUAAGCAGGGUACUAUGUAUGCAUUUUCCUAUCAACUUGUAUUUUACUUUAGGCACACUGCUAUCUCUUAUACCGAUUUGUCUCUUAUGAAGGGGUUUGAUUGUAUUUACUCCGUCAGUGUUUAAGAAGCCCUCCUUCACUUUUGAAGAACCUAGUUCUUGUUUGUGGGUUGUGUAGACUAGUUGCUAGAGAUAAUUUCUGGAUAAGUGAUUGCACAGAUGCUGGUAGGUUCAAUAUUUUAACUACUCAGUAAAAUCACUGCACCGCUGACAGCUUCGUUAACACUUAUUGGCACUGGCUAUAACUCUUGCUAGCGGAAAGGAUGCAGAUGAGUGUAGGCCUUUGAUUGUAUCAAUCUGAAGUUGCAAGUGAUCAAGGCAAUGUCUGAAAAAAGAGGUUAUCAUCUGGAUUUCUUUCGAGUUCUUUUCCCGUGUAUGCUAGAUAUAUGCUGUUGCAGCUGUUAAUAAAAAAAAAUAACUGCGAAGAUUGAUACAUGCGCUGGCUGCUAUUUGGCUCCAGCUUCUCUCUUGCAUGAGUUGGAUGUCCAUACGGAAGACUUAUCUGACUUCUUUCUCUUGCCUGGCUACAUUCGCGAGAUACCUUGUUUUAUGCAUGCAGUACACUCAGCAUUGUUGAAGAGGUGCAAGUUCAAGAUUGCAAGUUUGAAGAAUUUUUGUCUGCCUGUUUUGCUAACCUGUUUUGCUAACGGAAGCAGAUAGUGUCAUUGAAAAGAAAGUUGUGCAACUUAAGUGUCAUGAGAAAAAAGAGAGCUGUGCAACUUGAGAUAACAGUGGCACUGUCUGCUUUGGAACUUGUGGCCUCCGAGUAUAGAAAAAAUGUACCCACAGGGUCUGUUAUUAUGCGAAAGUUUUCUUGUAUGUGUACUCUCCUGUGUAACCUCGGCUUUCACAUUUUUUGCACUCAUGUUCAAAAGGUGAAAUAUUUUCAACUCGACGCAGUGCUAUUGGCCUCACCCUUUCUUCAGGGAGCUGCGCGUCUUGUUUGUUACUGUGGUAAUGGUGUCAUUGCUGCACUGGAUGGAACAAGCAACAAUGCAAGCUCUUCCUACAUAGGUCUUUAGAGCUUGUUUCAUUGGAGAUUCCUUGCAAUUCCAGUGGUGAGUGAAUGUAGUCAUGCGACCUGGUGGAAAUUGGGCUGAGAGUGACUUUUCUUUCUUGUCCUUUAAAUUUCCUAGGCUGUACAACUUCAGACUGUGUGCCCCUAUUGCUGCUAUUCUUGCUGCAGUGAUUUGUCAGUCCUUUGGCCAAUGCACCUUGCAAGUAAAAUAUAUGAGCUUGAUCAGUGUUGGAAGAACCGUUCUGAUACGUAGGUGCAUUUUGCGAGACCAACUAGUUCGAAGACUCAAGUUGUAUGUAGGCUUUAAAUAUGUCCAAAUAAGUGCAGUGUGCGUGCAUUGGGAUUUCUUCACUAAUACUAAUGACUAAAAGUAAGGAAAGUAUGUUGUAUUUAGUUUCAUGAUUGAUUUGUGUUCUUGCUAUCCCGAAAAGCAAGAACACAAAUCAACGCAUCGGUUUUUGUUAUGAAUUCAUUGUGCGAGUUGGAUAAACUGAUCUUUAGUAUGUCUGGAAGGCUGGAAUUGACUCCAUUUUUCUUAGCUUCUACACUUGGGUGUGCUGCGAGCAUUUAUGCUCGCUUUAACAGUGAUAUCAGAUUUCUUUCUGAUGUUUCUAUGCCUUUUAAGUGCCACUGAAUGGACCCUCUCCACCUUUUCCUAAAAACUUCUUGCUUGUUUGGCUGGUUACAUUAUAGUAUGAGUCUAAUUAAUGAUUUUGACCGUGACAUUCCUAUAUUUACUGAUACUGCUUUUUAAUCAGUUAUUUUGUGGCAGGUGAAAUCAGAUGUUUGUUUUUGAAUGUGUUAGUUUAUAAAUAUAAUAAAGAAGAGUAUCUGCUUCA